AUGACGGAACACAUUCACCCAGGCCAACUGGUCGAAAAGGACGAUCUGAGCGACACCAUGCAUCAGGAACACAAAGAAGGCGUCGAGCUGGAGACCCUUCAGGGCUCGGUAGGCCUGGACAUGGCCAGGCGGGCCAAUCCGCCGAACCCAUGGAGCUCUCAGAUGAAAAAGCUAUACUUGUUCCUCAGUGUGGCAUAUCUUUGCUCGGCUUUGAACGGAUUCGACGGCUCCCUUAUGGGUGCUCUGCUUCCUAUAGCGCAAUUUCGUGAGACCUUCGGCUCCGGCUUGGUUGGCUCCAAAGCGUCCCUGAUCCAAGGAAUGUACACUAUUGGAGGUGUCUCCGCACUCCCAUUUGUCGGCAUUUUCUUGGACACUUGGGGUCGACGAUGCGGUAUGUUUGUUGGUUCAUGUGCUGUCGUUCUGGGUACUAUUCUCGGUGGAACUGCCAAUCAUAUGGACCAAUUGCUCGCUAGCCGGUUCUUCCUUGGGUGGGGAUACUCCAUGGCAUCUUCGGCAGCACCGGCUUACGUGGUGGAAAUCAGCCAUCCCGCGUACCGUGACAUUCUAACCGGCUUGUAUAAUUGCCAGUACUUCAUCGGCGCCAUUGCAGCCUCAGGUGCUUGUCGCGGAUGUCUGAGGUUCUCGGGUUCCCUCGCGUGGCGUAUCCCCAUUUGGUGUCAAUUAAUCUCUUCCAGUAUUAUAAUAUUGACUGUCUGGUUCAUACCAGAGUCACCUCGCUGGCUCUAUAGUCAUGGUCGUCGUGAGGAAGCAUGGGACGUGAUCACCAACUACCACGGUGAGGGCUCCCGGGACAACGCCUAUGUUCAGCUCCAGCUCCGUGAAUAUGAAGAGGCCAUCAACCUUGAAGGCUCGGAUAAGCGGGCCUGGGACUUCCGAGAACUCGUCAAUACAAAAGCUGCGAGAUGGCGUCUCAUGUGCGUUGCUAUCGCGUCUCUUGCGAGCCAGUGGGCGCAGGCUGGUGUCACGACUUACUACAUCGGGGGGCUUCUGGCCACAGCUGGAGUUACCGAGACAACACAGGUCUUGAAUGUCAACCUUGGCAACACUAUCCUUUCUGCUGGAGGUGCCUAUAUGGGGAGCUAUUUGGGGCCGAAACUCCGACGGAGGCCCAUGAUGAUUGGGACGUCUAUUGCAUGCAGUCUCUGCUUUGCCGGCCUUUCAGCCGCAACCGGAGUAUACCAAAAGUCCUUAGAAACAAGCGCGGCCACCGCUUCGAUUGUGAUUAUCUUCCUCAUCGGCUUCUGUUUCAGCUUUGGCUGGACCCCCUUGCAAGCCAUGUAUGCCGUGGAAUGUCUCUCAUACGAAACCCGUGCCAAGGGCAUGGCCAUGUAUUCUGUCUUCACCAACGUCGCCCUGCUGGUAAAUCAGUUUGGAAUCGGCAAUGCCAUCAGUGCUAUUGGAUGGCAUACUUACAUUCUUUUGGCCGGCUGGAACAUUGUUCAAGGAGUGUUCAUUACUUUCUUUGCGGUGGAAACAAGUAAUCGGACGCUCGAAGAGCUUGCGGAGAUCUUUGAUGCUCCGAAUCCCAGGAAGAAGAGCACGGAACCACAACGGGUCUUGGUUGCUGAUGGCGGGAGCCGGGUGGUGGAAUGCAAGAGUGCAUAG